CUUCUGGCAAGAUGUUCCUGGUGUGGCUGGGGUUUGUGCCUGUACUUUUGCAUUUGUCAGUGGCCGACACAGCUGAGGUGACAUUCCAUAUGGAUGCUGUGAUGAGAAUUCUAGAAGACCUGGAGAGCUGUCUGAAAGGGACGCCAGCAGUGAGUGUGGCCGUGCUUCUCCAGGAGCUGGAGGCCUGCACAAGUGAGAUGUGCCAGUUCUUCCUUGGCCCAAUGGCUCCAGCCCCCUCUGAUCUGGCCUGCUUGAGUGAAGCACAGAGAGCCUUCCUCAAGUCCUUGGUGAAUCAGCCUGUCAGCAAUGACUCUCUGAUAGAACACGGGGUGGUCCUAACCGCUGAUGGGACCACAGUUGUGCUUGCUCCUCUUCUUGCUGGGGUGGCUGCUGGAUUGAGGAGGAGGCGAGAGGUGGCUCACCCUGCCACAGCUCUACGCACUGACCCCUCAGCCAGCUCUGAAGUAGAACCUCACCUCCUUCUGGACCACCUUUCCGGCUCAACAAUUGCCGUGAACCUUGCCAUGGCCUUUCUCCUCUUCUACAAGAAGCAGAGCCCAGUGGCUCUCGGGCCAAAUGGCUGCUGGGAUCACCUCUCUGCCCCCCACACAUUUACCUUGAUGGGUCCUCCCUCCCCUGUCACUGAUGCCUUCAUCAAUGGGGCAAUGGAUGGCCUCAUCCUGGGCACACAUUUGGCAGAGCAUGCUCAGCCACCCCCCAACAUCAGUGCCCUGCUGAACACCUACUAUAGCGGGGAGGACCUGGUGGGGGGCAAGCAGCUCCGCAGCAACUUCCGGAGGCAGAGCUUUGCUGUGCUGGUGAGCAAGGAGGAGCUAAGCAAGCAGGUGGAGAAUUCUCUGCACCUGCUCAGGAGGCUGAAUGAAACCCACACUCUCUUUGAGGGCAUCACGAACGAGGAGCUGACUGUCCUUGCGAACCAGGCUGCAGAAGAGUUCACGGCAUUGUACGUAGAGUGUCCUGCAAUCAUCCCACGAUGCAUGUGGGGGGCCCGGCCCUACAAUGGAACGCCAACUCAACUUCAACUGCCCUUAGGCUUUGUAUACAUCCACCAUACCAGCACCCCUUCAAAGCCAUGCCGAACCUUCCCAGCAUGCUCAGCUGACAUGCGCUCCAUGCAGCGAUUCCACCAGGAUGUUCGUGGCUGGGAUGACAUUGGUUACAGUUUUGUUUUCGGCAGUGAUGGGUACCUCUACCAGGGGCGGGGCUGGCACUGGGUAGGAGCUCACACUCGGGGCUACAACAGCAAGGGCUACGGUGUCAGUUUCAUUGGGAACUACAUGGAGGUCCUUCCAGAGCCCUUUGACCUGGAACUUAUGAAGAACUCCUUCUUGCAGUGUGCGGUGAGAGGCUCCAGGCUGCAAGCCAACUAUACCAUUCAUGGGCACCGUCAGAUGACUUCUACCCUUUGCCCAGGAGACAGACUGUUUCAAGAGAUAAAAACAUGGAAAGGUUUCAAGGAGAGGUGCUUCAUGGACAGGGGUGUCCAGGACUGCACCUGACCUACAGCCCACAGAUACCAGAGAGAGAAGCCUUCACCCUCCUGCAAAAUGCCAUCAGUGCCCUCAUUAAACACUAUGGGGCAUCCGCAAUGAACCAAGAGCCAAGUAAAUCAUGAAAAUCGUGUAGUUAUAAGCUUUGAUUUCAGCAUUUGUGGGUGAAAAUAUGAGAUACAUGGGGCAAUGGAAUGGAAAAGAAUGGAGAAAUACAAUCAGGUGUAUAAUGUAUAGGAAGCUGGAAUAGCUAGUCCAGGGAACCAUGUGGCUAAUGGGGUAGGCUAGAAAUCAAUCAAUUAAUCAAUCAAUCAAGCUGGAUUAUAGUCAAGGAUUAUGCAGCUGGACCUCCAUGGGAAAUAGGGGCAACAGUUUGUGUAAGGUUAAAGAUUUCAAAUGUAAAAGCUACAUAUAACAUUUCAGUUAGAAAGAGCAUGUGCAUGUGUAUUUAUCCUGCUAAAAAACAAGGUAUCCUCAACUAGAGAAGCAUAGCACCCCCUUCACCAUGCUGUAUCACCAAGCAGAAACCUGAGUGCUCUGUGGGGUGGAGGAAGACUUCAGAACAGGCUGUGCAAGGAGAUGCCCUCUAACCUGUGGCACAGCAGAGUAAAGCUUUUUCUCCCUCUGCUCCCUGCACACCUAGGACAAUUCCUAUAGCACCAUAAUGCUGCUGAUGCUAGGAAAAAGGUUUAGGAAUGGCUCUACCACCAGCCUUCAACCUUAGUUAGUGGCACUACUUUUCCUUCAUUGUCUGGAAGUGGAGUUAAAAUGGAGAAUCUACACAGCACCUACUAUAACCCAGUGUGAUCUAAACAUCCCUUUCCAUAUUGCCAAGAGUUCUCUUAGUAAGAACUCACAAGUAAGCUUCAUUCAACAAAGAUCCUCUCCUACGCCAAUUAAAAUGUCCUGUUGCAUGGUUAUCUUAUUUCUUUCUGUCAAUUGAACCCAACAAAUAAACGAUUAAUAGGCUCUUGUCUCUUGAAAAGCCCCUCA